AAGAACAUUAUUGUCAGGGGAAAUCUCGAGAAACUCGUUGAGAGUGUGAUUGCUGUGAUUUUUGUAUUCUGUUGCGCGUUUAGACGCGCGAUAGAACAAAACGGCGAAGAUGAAGAGACAGAAUGUUAGGACUUUGUCGUUAGUAGUGUGCACAUUUACGUAUCUCCUUGUUGGCGCCGCGGUAUUUGAUGCCCUUGAAUCGGACACUGAGAAGAAACGCUGGGAAUUUCUUUCGGAGAUUCGUCGUAAUAUGAUGAGGAAGUAUAAUAUCACGCCGGAGGACUACAAGAUGGUCGAAAUUGUAAUAAUAGAAAACAAACCACAUAAAGCGGGACCGCAGUGGAAAUUUGCGGGUGCUUUCUAUUUUGCUACUUUAGUAUUAGCCAUGAUUGGUUACGGCCAUUCCACUCCUGUGACUAAAACCGGAAAGGCAUUUUGCAUGGUAUACGCGGUAGUAGGAAUUCCUUUAGGAUUAGUAAUGUUCCAAAGCAUUGGUGAGCGAUUGAACAAGUUUGCAUCGGUCGUGAUUAGAAGAGCAAAGACUUAUCUCAGAUGUCAAAGAACAGAAGCUACAGAGAUGAAUCUCAUGCUAGCGACUGGUUUACUUUCAAGUAUAAUUAUUACGACAGGUGCUGCAGUGUUUUCGAGAUAUGAGGGUUGGAGCUAUUUUGAUAGUUUUUAUUACUGUUUUGUGACGCUUACAACUAUAGGUUUUGGUGACUAUGUCGCUCUUCAGAAUGAUCAAGCACUUUCCAAUAAACCUGGAUAUGUGAUUUUGAGUUUAAUCUUCAUCCUGUUUGGUUUAGCUGUAGUCGCUGCCAGCAUUAAUUUGCUCGUAUUGCGCUUCAUGACGACGGAUUCUGGCGAGGCGCGUCGUGAUGACACUGAACUGCAAUCGGCUUCGCAUCACGUUUUGACGUUAGACGGAGAGGUUGUGGCGGUAAAUGGAAAGCUUCUGGGCAGUCACGUGCCUGUCGUACACGACACAGACGAUUGUGUGAGCGUAUGCUCUUGCACUUGUCUAGGUCCAGCAAAUUCCGAGCUAUUGGAUCCUUCCGGAUAUCAGGGAUAUCGGCCACCCCCGACUUCUGCCAGUCUCCGGGUAAAACGUGCGUCCGUCUGAUGGAGGGAGUUUCGUCGUCGCAGUUUACGUCGCCGAUUUUCGAAGGCCGAUAGCCGAGAAUUGCUCGGUAUUGAUGUUUAAAAUUCCCCGCACAAAACUCCUCGCAAGGAAAUACCGCACACUGUGAUACAUCUACGAAGAACAAUUUACAACUUUCCGUAAAGAUUUUCACAUUCUGUGUGGAAAGUAAAGUUUUAAAAACUGCCAUUUAAAGAAAUAUUUGAUGUUUGAUAAUUAGAACUCUGAUUGUUGAUCGUUGUCCGAAU